CUGUCCCUGGAUCUGCAACGGAACCCUGUAAAUACCCUUCAUUACUCUGGUGGGGCAGGAUCACAUUUCCUUCGUGCUACUUUUGUGGCUGACACAAGUUAGUCAGUGAGACUUGAACUUUAGGUGAUCCUGGUUGAUUCACAUAGGAAUGGUGCCUCUCCAGAGACAGGUUAGAAAAUACAUGUCUUAGCCUUCAAAGUAAGACUCAGAGAUUUGGUUUUGUUUUUUCGUCUGACACUGGGGGAGGAUACCUGAAAAUAAAUCUCUGUACCAGUACUUCAAGCAAAACUUACCGAAACUUUGGUAUACGCGAGCAAUUUCUUUUAGAGAAUUGAAGCCUAUGACAAUAUGGAAAAUACAGCAAUUACAAAAAUUUUAUACGAAUCUACCAGCACAGAAAUUCUCUCGUGUUUAUCUGCCAAGUGAAGACUUCCUCUGCUAUAGAUUUUCGAGAUUCCUUGGCAUUCCUGUGGAUCAUCCCAACAUGGAAUGUGAUAUAAUGUGUCCUUGGCCCUCCAGCUAUAAAGUGAAAUUCUAUAGGUAGGAAAAAUGACUGACCCCCCCACUCUGAAUAGGUGCCGUCCUGCUAUGGAAUCCCUUUGCUCAGUGUUCUCCAUCCAAUCAGGUGGAAUGUUUCACAAGCACAUGGUUUAUACAGCUCAAAAUAACUUGGGACCUGUGAGCUGACAAAUGCUCUGGCUCCGGUGCUGACAGGUUGUCCAGCUUCUUACAGCCAUCUUCACUAAAGCUAAGGUUAACUCCUCACUCUCUAUGGACGGCUGCUCUCUACUUCUAAGGGCGUGAAGAAUUUUCCUUUUCUCCUGUGCUUUCAUCUGAAAGUUCUCCUUGGAUAAUUAUCAUCACAGUGGAGUGCCUGGGUUGAACAUCCUCAUCUGGGUCAACUAUAAAAAGAAAGCAUGCAAGACGACAGCCUAGAAGCUUCUACUUCCAUAUCCCAACUGCUAAGAGAAAGCUAUCUAGCCGAAACCAGACAUCAAGGAAACAAUGAGAGGAGCCGAGCUGAGCCCUCCUCCACUCCCUUUCUUUUCAGCAGUCCCUCGGGGGCUGCUGAAGGAGGAGGCCAAGAUGACCUUCCAGACUUGUCUGCCUUUCUGAGCCAAGAAGAGCUGGACGAAAGUGUCAAUCUGGCAAGACUGGCCAUCAACCACGACCCCUUGGAGAGGGCCGAUGAAGCUCAAGCUAGGAAACGACUAUCUUCAGAGCAGGUGAAACCGGCACCUAACUUCUGCGAGGAGAGCUUUCCAAGUGCUCCCAGCCCUCGGGAGAGCCCCCGGCAGGCAAAACGGCUGCAGUACAGCUCUGACACCCAGUCCAAAAAAGUAUUCCUGAAUAAGGCUGCCGACUUCAUAGAAGAGCUCUCUUCUCUUUUCAAGGCCCACAGCUCCAAAAGGAUCAGACCUCGUGCCUGCAAAAACCACAAGAGCAAACUGGAAUCUCAGAACAGAGCUGUACAGGAGAACAGCCCCAGUUUCUCAGAUCUGUCAGAGAGUCGGGAGAGAUCUGUCCCCAUCCCCAUCCCUGCUGACGCCAGGGAUAACGAGGUGAACCAUGCCCUUGAGCAGCAGGAAGCCAAGAGGCGCGAGGCUGAGCAGGCCACCAAAGAGGCAGGUGGUGGGGACACCACCCCAGGGUCCUCACCCUCCUCUCUGUACUAUGAAGAACCUCUGGGGCAGCCUCCUCGAUUCACCCAAAAGUUACGGAGCCGAGAAGUUCCAGAAGGAACCCGAGUCCAGUUGGAUUGCAUAGUGGUAGGAAUCCCACCACCUCAAGUAAGGUGGUAUUGUGAAGGUAAAGAGCUUGAAAAUUCCCCAGACAUUCAGAUUGUCCAGGCCGGAAACCUGCACUCGCUGACUAUCGCCGAGGCCUUUGAGGAGGACACAGGACGCUAUUCCUGCUUUGCGUCUAACAUCUAUGGGACAGACUCAACUUCUGCUGAGAUUUAUAUAGAAGGAGUUUCUUCUUCUGACUCAGAAGGGGACCCUAACAAGGACGAUAUGAAUCGAAUCCAGAAGCCAAAUGAGGUGUCAUCACCUCCCACUACUUCUACAGCCAUUCCUCCAGGAGUGACCCCAGCCCAGCCUUUGGGGGCCCAGCCCAGAGUGUCAGCCACCCAGCAGUGCCAGAGUCCUACCAACUAUUUGCAAGGAUUGGAUGGAAAACCUAUCAUUGCAGCUCCAGUGUUUACAAAGAUGCUACAAAAUUUGUCAGCCUCUGAGGGUCAGCUGGUUGUCUUUGAAUGCAGAGUAAAAGGAGCUCCCUCCCCCAAAGUUGAGUGGUAUAGGGAAGGGACCUUAAUAGAAGAUUCUCCAGAUUUUAGGAUUUUACAAAAAAAACCUCGAUCCAUGGCAGAGCCAGAGGAGAUCUGCACCUUGGUCAUUGCUGAGGUGUUUGCAGAAGACUCUGGGUGCUUCACGUGUACUGCGAGCAACAAGUACGGCACAGUGUCCAGCAUCGCACACCUUGAUGUGAGAGGAAAUGAAGACCUCAGCAACAAUGGGGCUCUUCACCCAGCCAACUCCACUGCCCACCUGGCUGCUAGUGAGCCUCAGACACCUCUCCCCAACCUGGAGCCUCCUUCUGCAGAGCAACCCCACAAACCCAAACUCGAAGGGGUCCUGGUGAACCACAAUGAGCCCCGGUCCAGCUCCAGGAUCGGCCUGCGUGUGCACUUCAACCUGCCUGAAGACGACAAGGGAAGCAAAGAGUCCUCUGAAAGGGCUGUGGUGACCACCACCCAGACCAGGCCUGAUUCCUUCCCAGAGAGGUUCAACGGGCAGGCAGUGAAAAUCCCUGAGCCUUCCUCCCCCGUCAAAGAGCCCCCUCCAGUUCUGGCCAAACCUAAACUCGAUUCCACUCAGUUACAGCAGCUUCACAACCAAGUCUUGCUGGAGCAGCAGCAGCUGCAGAACCAGGCCCCUGCGUCGCCGAAGGAGUUCCCUUUCAACACAAACGUGGCGAACUCCACGGCUCCCUCCGCAGUGGCCGUCUCCAGCAAGCAGCUGAAGGCUCCUGCGUCGCCCUCGUCGCAAACCCUCAACCUGGCCAGGCCGAAGCAUUUCUUCCCCUCCUCGAGCACCAUCGUGACCACCAUAUCCCCCUCUGGCUCUCCAGUGUUCACCUUGAGCAGCGCACCUCAGACGAUUCAGAGGACCGUGAGCAAGGAAAGCCUCUUAUUUUCUCCCCUCUCCAUGCAAACCAAGUCUCCAGGGGGGCUUUCCAUCCACAGCGAGCCACCCCCUCCAGCCCCAGCAGAGCCAGCUCUGCCACCACUCACGUUCUCCAUCCCCAGCGGAAACCAGUUUCAGCCCCACUAUGUGUCCCCAACUCCUGUCUCUCCCACCGGCCGGAUUCAGAACCCUGUGGCAUUCCUCAGCUCUGUCCUGCCUUCUCUUCCUGCCAUCCCACUCACCAAUGCCAUGGGGCUGCCAAAGAGUGCACCAUCUGUGCCAUCCCAGGGACUAAUGAAGAAAAAUACAAAGUCUUCUCAAUCAGUGAGUGGCGAUUACAUUCUCGAAACUAAGAAUGCAGUGAUUCUAGACUUGGGGAAGAAAACGAGUUUCAGUGAUGUCAAAUCAAACCAGCAGAGCUAUGGUCUUCCUUUGUCUACCCGGUCUGAGAUGUGUCCAAGAGGAGGCAGAUUUGAAAUUGAUUCCAAGCAACUGAAACCAAGAAACAUUUGCCUAACCCCCAAUUCAACUCAAAUCCAGGAAUACAAAAUUUCAAGCUUCGAACAGAGGCUGAUGAACGAGAUAGAGUUUCGCUUGGAACGUACGCCUGUUGAUGAAUCGGAUGAUGAAAUCCAACAUGAUGAGAUUCCCUCGGGCAAGUGUAUUGCUCCCAUCUUUGACAAAAGACUCAAACACUUCCGGGUUACAGAAGGCUCACCAGUCACUUUCACCUGCAAAAUUGUUGGGAUACCUGUUCCAAAGGUUUACUGGUUCAAAGAUGGGAAGCAGAUUUCUAAGAGAAAUGAGCAUUGCAAAAUGAGGCGAGAAGGAGAUGGGACGUGUUCUCUGCACAUUGACUGCACCACCAGCGACGACGAUGGCAACUACACCAUCAUGGCCGCCAACCCCCAGGGGAGAAUCAGCUGUUCUGGCCACUUGAUGGUACAGGGUUUGCCCAUUCGUAGUCGACUAACCUCUGCUGGUCAGACUCACAGGGGAAGGUCCAGACUGCAAGACAGAGACAAAGAGCCCCUUCAGGAACGCUUUUUCCGACCACAUUUCCUGCAGGCUCCUGGGGACAUGGUAGCUCACGAGGGGCGCCUCUGUCGCCUGGACUGCAAGGUGAGUGGCUUGCCGCCCCCAGAGCUGACGUGGCUGCUAAAUGGCCAACCUGUGCUACCAGACGCCUCCCACAAGAUGCUGGUCAGGGAGACAGGGGUGCACUCGCUGCUCAUUGACCCCCUCACCCAGCGUGACGCGGGCACCUACACGUGCGUGGCUACCAACAAAACUGGGCAGAAUUCCUUUAGUCUGGAGCUCACUGUUGUCGCCAAAGAGGUGAAGAAAGCUCCUGUGAUCCUGGAGAAACUGCAGAACAGUGGCGUCCCCGAGGGCCACCCUGUGAGGCUGGAGUGCCGCGUGAUUGGCAUGCCCCCGCCCGUGUUCUACUGGAAGAAGGACAACGAGACCAUCCCCUUCACCAGAGAGAGGGUCAGUAUGCACCAGGACACAACAGGGUAUGUCUGUCUCCUCAUUCAGCCAGCCAAGAAAUCAGAUGCCGGAUGGUACACACUGUCAGCCAAGAACGAGGCUGGCAUCGUGUCGUGCACUGCUAGGCUGGAUAUAUAUGCUCAGUGGCACCAGCAGAUCCCACCGCCCAUGUCCAUCCGGCCGAGCGGCAGUCGCUAUGGAUCUCUCACCAGUAAAGGACUUGACAUUUUUUCUGCCUUUUCCUCCGUGGAAAGCACAAUGGUGUAUUCAUGCUCUUCUAGCAUAGUGGAGAGCGAUGAACUUUAAGGCUGUCUGGGUGGCUGCUGUGUAAGGGGUGGACUGUGUAGAGGGGGAAGGAGGACACCGAUGCAGUGGAUUCCAAGGAGUGGACGUGAUGGGUUCCCAUGUGCUGGGGUUGUGGCAGGAAGUACUUUGAAUAAGGAGGCUGGGGUCUCCUACACUGUUGUAGGGCUGUGCCUCUUAAAGAGUCCAACAAAAAUGUGAACCGGCGAUAGAUGAACUGAAGAUGUCCUACUGCUGCCAUCCACUGCUGUGGGGAAAAGUGAGAAUGUCCCCCUGGCCCAGUUGUGUUAAGGAUGCCUAGGCUCUACUAGGAGCAAUUAGGGGCCAUGUGUCUGGGCAGAGAAAGUUAGACAAUAGUGACCUUAAAAUAUAACUAAUUCUACCAGGCGUGGUAGCACACGCCUGUAAUCCCAGCACUUGGGAGGCUGAGGCAGGAGGAUCACUUUGAGUUCCAGGCCAGGCUGAGCUGUAUAGUGAGACCCUAUCUCAAGGAAAAAAAAAAAAAGAUAUAACUAAUUCACCUAACAAUGCAAAGGAAAAAGGUAGGGAAGUCACUGUCACCCUUCACUGAUUACAUAUAUAGCAGUAGUUUUGGUGACUUCAUUAAAUCAGCUUCCAUUUAGCAUUAGGAGAUCAUGCCAUGCCACUCAUACAUGUGGUGGAACACUUGAUUUGCAUAUUCUGGCUGUACAGAGCUGCAUAGUAAGGUGCCAAAAUGCACUUGAGAUACAAAAAAAAUUCACUGAAACACUCAGUAUUGCACAAUGUACUUAUUCUGUGGUCAAACAGGGCCCCACCAGCCUUGUCUAUCUGCACCAUUUUCCUUUGGAUGGUGACUGGUUUUUCUUCUUUCUGAUUUUGCAUAGCCCUAGACUCUAGAACUAAAGAGUUAUUAAUAAACCAAUCAGAAAAAAGAUCUGCAGGGUCACUUUUAAAAUUACCAACUUCAAUUGCCACUUGCAAACUGCAAGAGUCAUCAUCUGCCCAUAGAAUACCACCCCAACGUGCUCCUGCCCCUCCCCAAAAGUCUGGAAGUGUAGAAGGCAGGAAGGAAGCAAUGCAGACAAGAUGGAGCGGGGAGAGAGCGUUGAUUUUCACUUCCCACAGCAGAGUAGUGGUUGCAGAAAGAGGAGGCCUUAAUAGCUGUGAACUGAUUUGAUAUCAUUGAUCAAAUUGCAUUUUCUAUGUAGAAAAUACUAUGCUAGCUGGGAAAGUGGAGGGAAAGGGGAACAAGCCUCUCUAGUCUAACCUACCUAUUCCAAACCUGCCUCUCAACUUAAGGAAUUUUAGAUUUCCGUUCACAGCAAUAUCCCUAGUGCUUAGAAGAGUACCUAGCACACAGUAGGCAUUCGGGAAGCAUUUGUUGCGGAAGUGAAUCUUACAUUAGACACAAAUAUCUUCAAACCCCACCUCAGUCCAAACACUGCACCGGCAAUGGUUGUCACAGCACGGUUUGCUCCAGGCUACCAGGGAAAUGAAUUGAAGGUCCUGUCACCGAUGCCCUCUGCUUGGAUCCCUGGUGUUCUGUGUGCCAAACCCCGUCCGCUGGCAUCUUAUGUGAGCAAGUGAUUUAGAUAGAGAUAGUAAAUGCUUGGAAAGGCUUGAAAAUAAUUUCUUCACAUCAAGGCAAGGGUUUCCAAUAUAAAAAUAAAUUCAUUCAUUCAAAAUA